AUGGACGCCAUCAAGAAGAAGAUGCAGGCGAUGAAGAUCGAGAAGGAUAACGCCCUCGAUCGCGCCGAUGCCGCCGAAGAGAAGGUGCGCCAGUGCUUGGACAAGCUCGAGCGCGUUGAAGAGGAGCUGCGCGACACCCAGAAGAAGGUCGGCCAUGUUGAGCAGGAGCUCGAGAAGUCCACCACCGAUUUGGAAGCCGCCGAACGCCUCCUCGAGGAGAAGCAGAAGAAGGUCGAAGCCAGCGAGUCCGAAGUCGGAGCCCUCAACAGGAGGAUGAUCCAAAUUGAAGAGGACCUGGAGAGGGCUGAGGAGAAGCUGAAGAUUGCCACCGAGAAGCUCGAGGAGACCACCCAUUCCGUUGAUGAGAGCGAGCGCGUGCGCAAGGUGAUGGAGAACCGCGCGAUCCAAGACGAAGAACGCGCCGGAUCGAUUGAGAGCCAGCUCAAGGAGGCCCAGCUGCUCGCCGAGGAGGCUGACCGCAAAUACGAUGAGGUCGCCCGCAAGCUGGCCAUGGUUGAGGCCGAUCUCGAGAGAGCCGAGGAGCGCGCUGAGGCCGGAGAGAACAAGAUCAUCGAGCUGGAGGAGGAGCUGCGAGUGGUGGGCAACAACCUCAAGUCGCUGGAGAUGAACGAGGAGCGAGCCCUCGAGAAGGAGCAACAGUUCCAGGAGCUCGUCGUCCAAAUUGAGGAGAAGCUCAAGGAGGCCGAGUCCCGCGCCGAGUUCGCCGAGCGCUCCGUGCAGAAGCUGCAGAAGGAGGUCGACCGGCUCGAGGACGAGCUGGUGCACGAGAAGGACAGGUACAAGAACAUCUCCGAGGAGCUCGACCAGACCUUCCAGGAGCUGUCCGGCUAU